UGCCCUCUUCCAAUCAUUGAGGAUUGCCCGCAGAAUCAAUUUGUCACCGGAACACGGAUACAAAUUUUAGGUGGCUGACACAAGGAAUCGCGCACAUUUUCUGUCGAGCGCUGAGAAACGUACCAUGUCCACACACAAACGGACCUAUUCGGCAUCAUGAUUUACGCCACUUCUCAAGGUCACGCAACGCCGCAUCUUCAGACAUGUAUAUUUCUUUUGAUCACUCUGCCGGUUACAAUCAAAGCCAUUUUCCAUCCUGAAUCUCCAUGCCCAACUGUAUUCAACUAUGAAGGAAGAGAGCCGGAGUUUGACAGAUGGUAUGGAGAGGUACAACUCGUCUCAAAUGACAAUUUGGUUGGUGUUGUUCUCAACAUAAACUUCGACCGAGCCACUCACUUGCUUGUGUCUUGGACAGGAGAGGUAACGACUGAGGACAAUAUGAAAUAUACUAUUCUAGAUUUAAAUCAGCGGUUAGUAGCCAAGGUUCCAGUUCUCUCUCGUUUAAUGGUCAAGUUCAAUGGUACUAAGGGUAGCCCACGCAUCAAAACUAUUCGACUAAAUGGAAGACAGAUAUGUCCGCCAGAAGACCCUGUUGUGAAUGAACUCCAGCAAAAGCCGAGGGUAACAACAGACAAAAAUAAUCGCGUAGUAACAAAACGCCCUGAUCCUAAUUUUCCUGACACUUACCCAACGCCGAGUUACUACGACAAGGAUUUCAUGCCCCCUAGCACACCAAGACAUCGAACGACAACAACUGAGAAGUACAUUGACGUAGAGGAAUCUCCAUACAACCAGAAACCUCCUUACCAGUCAUCUUCCAAUAGUGGAAAUAAAAAUAAAGACGUUGCAACAGCAAAUUCGUACGAUAAUUACGACAGUGGUUACAGACCAUCCAACAAUCAAGGUGUAGAAACUGAUAAAGCUUACAGUAGACCAUCAUCUGGGAACUAUGUGCCACCAAAAAAUCCCUCCUAUGAAGUUUCCAACACCAAUAAAAAUAAGCCCAGUCAUUUUGCAGGGGAGGAUGAAACAUCAUAUGCAAGUAAUGUUGAUAGACCGGUUGGACCGUCAGGUUCAAAAAAUCCUUACAGUCAGCAAAGUAACAUUAAUUAUAAUCAACAAUCAAGUGCAUCUAACAGUGGAAGUUACAAUUCACAAAACGGAGGAAACUCAGCAUCGAAUGGACGACCUACAAACAAGAAACCAGUAAAUCAUGGUGGCUACAGUGAUGUAGAUGAAGUCAAUAGCUAUAAUUCUGGGAGCCAAUCGUCAGUCAACAGUAAUAAAAAACCCUUCAUGACCACAAAUCUCAAUAAUUUUAAUGAAGGUAGUAACUACAAUAAUCAAGGUGGUCAGUCCAGUUAUGCUGAAGAAAACUCACGGCCUACAAGUGUCAGUACCGGGAGCAAAAAGCCAGCAGGCAGCAGUGAAGGCUACGAUGGAGACCAUGGUUACAGUGCUGCAAGCCACUCAUCUGUAACCAGUAAUAAAAAACCAUCAUCUACUUCAAAUAACAAAAAUUAUAAUAAAGGUAAUAGUUAUAAUAAUCAAGGUGGUCAGCUAAAUCACCCUGAAGAUGAACCGCGGCCUACAAGUAUUAACACGGGUAACAAAAAACCAUCAGGCAAUGAUUACAAUAAUUUUGAAGGAGAUAAUGGAUACCCUAGUUCCAAUAGUCAGUCUAAUUACAAUGCAAAUAAACCAAAGCAACCUGUCAACCAUAACACAGAGAGUAAUGGAGGUCACCCCUCUGGCUCUUCCGUUGUGAAUCCAUCACGGCCUACACAUAUCGAGCACAUUCCAACAAGCAGCAGCAGCCAAGUAGGUUCUAACAACAACAAUUACAAUAAUGGUGCCAGUAACAAUUUCAACAGCGGCAGUAACUCUGGUUAUAACGGUGAGGGUGCAAGUGGUUAUAAUGGUGGUGCAAGUAACAAUAAUUACAACACUGGAACGAAUGGCUACAACAGUGGAAACAAUAAUAAUUUCAAUGCUGGUAUGGCUCAACCAUAUCAACCAUCAAACACCGGUAACAAUAACUACCCUGCUGGCAUUGACAAAACCGAUAGUUUGAAUCUUGGAGAUGUGCAACCAGCUAAAAGUGAGAAAACUGUCAUCAUUACAUCAAUACACAAAAACACUUAUGUGGUACCAGCUGGAAAUAAAAAGGAUGAGGAGCUUGGCUACAACAGUAAUAGUCCAAAUGAAAACAGUUAUAAUGGCAACUCCAAUCUUAAUAGUGUCACAACACCUAAAUAUGAUGAAUUCAAUCCUGGUUCCAAGCCAUCAGUCAUAAUGAAACCUUCUGGUCAAAAUUCGAACAAACCAAGCAAUGGAAACUCCGGAGGAAGUGGAAAGAAACCUGCUCAAAAUUCUAAACCACAGUCAAAUUCAAACAAGGACGAACCGUGUGGAGUUAUUAGUGCAGAAGCAGCAAACCUAGUCACCCCAUUGGUCACAUACGGCCAAACCACAGCUCGAGGUCAAUGGCCUUGGCAUGUAGCCUUGUAUAAAACGGAUGGAAUAAAUUUGACGUAUAUCUGUGGAGGCUCCCUAAUUGCCAAAAAUAUUGUCGUAACAGCUGCACAUUGUGUCACUAAGAAACCUCUUGACAGACCAGUUGAUGCGAAUACUAUUGUUAUUUAUCUGGGAAAGUAUCAUUUGCAACAGUACAGUGAUGAUGGUGGAAUUCAAAUCAAACAGGUCCUAGAAAUUGUUCCGUUUACAACGUAUAACAGCUCCAAUUAUUUAGGUGAUAUUGCUCUCUUGAAAAUGACAUCUAACAUUGAAUACACAAGUUUUGUCCGGCCAGUUUGUAUGUGGGACCCCAGAGUGUCUGAGCUGUCCUCGGUCAUUGAUAAAGAGGGAACGGUUAUUGGAUGGGGCUAUGAUGAACAUGAUAAGGCAUCAGAGGAGUUGAAAAUGGCGAAAAUGCCUGUGGUCUCGCAAGAAACUUGUAUCUAUAGCAAUCGACCUUUCUUUUCCCAAUUCACAUCGAAUAAAACAUUUUGUGCUGGUUUUCGCAAUGGAACAAGUGUUUGUAAUGGAGAUAGUGGCGGAGGUAUGGUGUUUCCAAGGGGCAACACUUGGCACCUGCGCGGGAUCGUCUCAAUAUCUGUCGCGCACUCAGGACUGAGGAAAUGUGACACCAAACACUACAUUGUGUUCACCGAUGUGGCAAAGUAUUUGGACUGGAUCAAUAAUUAUGUCCAGAAGCAUAGAAGCUGAUCCAUGAGAAGGUACUGUUCCUGAUCCAGAGAGAAGAUGGCGACUUGCAAAGAAUAUUGCGCAGCUUUUCAAUGUCUCAGCUAAAUCAAAGAAUUUUAGAUCUCCGGUACUUAGAAGUUGUGUCUUCCUAUCUGAAUCUCAGAAGUGUUAGAGAUCUAGUCCUUGAAUUGUGUAUCAUUC